UGAUAUUCGAAUGUUGGCCGGGAACAAACGCGUCCGCACCGCGCCUCCCCAACUACGGAUUACAGUGCGAACUUUCGAGGGCUCAUCGUGUCUCGCGCGUCGUUACCGUUUCGCUAAUUGACUGCUAACUUCAUGUGUGUUGUGAAUGUGUUUGAUGUCAGCGGAUAGACAGUCGCGCUGUGUUCGGGUCAGUGAAAAAAUUGUGAUGAACUCUGAAACCGAACUGUUAAAAUAGACGUUGGUAUGACGAUGCUCGCUAUGGCUCGGGGAUCAGAGGAUCGUAGGGUUGAAGGGCAAGCGGAGAGCGAGCCUGAAGCUGAGGCGAACGGAGAAGUGGACGUCGUGGGGGUGGAAGAGGCCGCGCCUGUCGACUUGACACGACGCUUGGGCCUCACCAGACCUCCGGAGAGACCAGCGAUAGCGUUUUCCGUCGAGAACAUUCUAGACCCCAACAAGUUCACGGGAAGGACGGAGGGUACAUUGAGAUAUGACGACCAAUACUGGAGACAGCAGUACGACAGGGAGGACAGUGAUUCAGUCAAAGACCAUCUGCAACACUCUGAUAUCGACGGAGACGAUGUGGAAACCGACGACCAGACAUCGAACAUGGACGACGACAUCCUUACGCAGUCCGACCUCGACGAGAACGGAGAUCCAAAAAGCCCCAACAGUUCCUCAUCGAAGAAAAGCAAGAGUCAAAGCAGGGACGCUAAAGGUGGCACCAAGCCGAGGAGAGCCAGAACCGCCUUCACAUACGAGCAACUCGUGUCCUUGGAGAAUAAAUUUAAGACAACCAGAUACUUAUCGGUUUGUGAGAGGCUCAACUUAGCGCUAAGUUUGAGUUUGACCGAGACACAGGUCAAAAUAUGGUUCCAAAACCGUCGAACAAAGUGGAAGAAGCAAAAUCCUGGGAUGGACGUGAAUAGUCCGACUGUCCCGCCCCCUCCAGCUGGAGGGUUCCCUUCGGGUCAUUAUCCUGGGGGGCUAUUAUACUCUCAUGGAGUUCCAUACCCGUUCACAGGCCCUGGGCCCUACGCUCCAUACUUCCACCACCUCGCGGCCAAUCAUCACCACACACAUGGAAGCCUAGGGCAUUCUCACACGUGAUUGUGGCAGCGCCCAGGGUCCCAGGAUCCUAGGGUUGACAAAGACAACGAAAGUAGUUGCGGACUUCCUAAUUAGUGCAACGAAUAAGAAUUCUGAGCUGUGGAAUAUUUAUUUAUGGCAAUAGUUUAAGCGGACUCAUGUGAAAAGAUAAUGUUGUCUAUGGAGAAAAAUCGAGAGGCAGUUGUAAAAGUAUAAAAAUUAGAAUAUAUUAAUUUACAGAUUAAUCAAAUCAUUUCAAAAUAAUUCAUUAAAUGUUAAGACUGAUGUUCAUUUAAGACACCUGUGCGAUUUUAAGAUGAUCUUGAAAAAAAAAUCCUUUACCAUUUUUAAACUAUAAGUCUACAGUUUCGUCUGAAAUCUGAAAGACCACUCGGACCCUAAGCGAUUUGUCACACAGAAGAAUAUGCUAUGAAAAUUAUAACUAUAUUUGUUAGGUCAUCGAUACAACAAAGUGCCAAAUACGCAUUAUUUUUCAAUGAGAACAUUUAAUUGAUUUUUAAGAACACGUAAUGGAAAUCAUCGUAAAUGAAGUUUUUGUCUUUAUCUUAUUCUAGAAUCUUGGCCGUCGUAAUACGUAAGUUUGGAAAAUAACUAAAAUUGUGAUAUUUAUUCAUUAAGAUAUGAACGAAAUUUGUAUUAAUUUAAUAAUAAGUAAUUUUGUUUUGUGAUUUAACUAAAAAAAAAAAGUUUUCAUUAUUUCGUUCCUUCUGUCGGCCAUUUUAAAAAUAAAAUGGCGCCCACAUAAUCGCCGCCUCUUAAAUCAGGUUUACGUAUAAAGAAUUUUAUGUUCAGAAAUUUGAAUGUAUUCCGUGGCAAAGAGGUCAAAAGCGUUUAUUCAAUAGGAUAAUUCUCAUACGGAAACUUAAUGGAGAAACGUGAUGUUUGUGCAAAAGUCAGCUAUAUUUUCAAUACACACACUACGAGUAUUCUAUAGGUAUUCUACCACGAGUUACCUAUUUAAUGAGUUCAGGAUAUUUCUUUACUUUAUUUUUUUAAUUUCCUACCUAUGCACUGGCAGCCUAAGUUCCAGCUAUGCGCGGACAGAGGGUCAAUGUCCUUUUUUUUUCCUACCUGUGCUGAUAGCCUUGAGAGGCUAUUUCAGCUUCGCCCUAACGUUUGUAGGUGAGCUCACGGGGCUCAAACUGGAGAGUUGCUAACACUGACCCUAGCAAGAGCAGUGCUUCGCAGAAUCUACCCCCGGAUCGGAAUCGCGACCCACUGAGAAGAUCCGGCGAGAAACUCAGUGGGCUAGUCACUGUCCUCGUAAUCGUAAUCUGUAUGGAAUUGGAACAGCUUCCCUUCGUUUGCCGCUAGGGGCGCUGUUCCAACCCCAUACAAAUUUCAGUUAACUUUAACGCGAUCGAGAAGUAAAAACACUCGCACUAAGCAAGCUCACAGGGCGGGAAAAUAUUGAGAAAUCAUUAAAUGUGAGAAAUCGUGGUAAGAACCGGUUAAAUAUUAAAACGUGUUCUGUAUAUAGCCGCUUCAGAUUACAAUUAAUUAAUCAAAUCUGAAUACAUCGUAACAUCGCUUACAAAUAGCACAAGCAUUUUUAAUACACGCAUUUUUAAUUAAUUGUUUUAUAUUAUGUAAUUUUUGGUUGUGUAAUUUAUUCAUGUAAUUUGAUGUAAUUUAUUUAAAUCCAUUAGCGGUCUGUCAGUGUACUCAUGACCGAGGCGUUUGCAAAUUUCAAAAUAUUGAAAAGAUAUUGCAACUAAAAAUAAUGGUAAGAAUUAAUUACCUACCCAGUAAUGUUAAUAAUGGAAUAUGUAAAACAAAAACACCACUAUAAUUUUGCUUUGACACUGAUUUGUUUAUCUUUCGAUAUUUUUUUUAUUAUUGAAAAAUUAGCCUUUAAUUGAUGGGCACGUAGACUGCGAAAAUGCAAAUAUCUAGAUUAUUGCCUGGUUUUAUACCAAUCCAAUAUACCUAUAUAAUAUACAAAAUCAAUCCCAUUUCAUUUUAUCACGGAACACACUUUAGAAGCUGUUUAAUAAUAAUUUUAACUCUCUCUCUCUCUCUUCGAUCGGUUCCUCACUGCUGAGGAUCGUGACUCCGUCCGAUUUCGUCAACCAACUGUCUCCAUCCAUCCCGCCCUGCAGCCCGGUGGAGUGCGUCGCUGAUAGGUAUCCCCAGUUCCUCCGCUAUUUGGUCCGACCAUCGUUUGGGACCUCUACCCCUAGGCCUUUUUCCUUCUAUUUUACCGGGAUUAUAUAUUUUUAUUAUAUAAUUUUAACUAGGCCAACCAAUUUGUUUAAUUUUGAUUUAAUUUGAAUAAUUUAUUUAACGAAUUUUAGCGACUCAUUUCUAGGAAUGGCUUUUUUUUAACUAAGUUGGUUCAAGGUGUAUUUUUCUUAGUAAUCCCGCACAUGAUUUACUCAUAAUUUCCUUGCCUGUACAGACUAAACGGAAUCAUGCUUGGUCAUUCUAUGCGCAUAAAUAACACAAGUAGCCUGUGCAUAUAAAAAUAUAAUAAAGUACCUGAGUUCUACUUGAAUAGAAUCAAUUUAAAUCCAAAGCACUGAAGUAUGAAACCUAUGAUUCGAAGCCAUCGUUGACUUAUAACUCGAACUGUCAAUGUUACUAAAAGGACGGUAUGUCUUUGAUAAUAAUUAUUAUAGAAGCAAAGGGAUUUACAUUAAUUAUGACGUCACCACUGCCCCAUAAAGCAAGAUGCAGUAUUUUUUUGUACGUAAGUUUUUUUAUGACUUUUUGAAAUUAUGGGAAUCCCUAGUCUAGACUAUGUAGGUAUAGGCUGUGUGCAGUUGCAAAAAUGUUUAGAUCAAUUACAAAAUCACAGCUUUUUGUAUAAAUAUAACACCUUUUUAAACAUUUUGUCAAGUUUUAUUUUUUUAAUAAUUGUCUAUAGUGGCCUAUCCUAGCAAAUAUUAGGUAUUCAAAAUCUAUUUAUUACCUAUCAAAUUUUGUUUACUUUCGAGGCACACUCAAUAUCAAAAUCAGAUUACUGAUGAGAUUUCUACUGUAUGAAUUGAUUUAUGUUAAAUUAUUUUAAUUUGUUAUUUAUUAAUAAAAAUUAUGUCAAAUCAGAUUUUAAAACGUUUACUAAUAUAACACUUUACCAAAUUGUCACAUUGUCAUUUAGAAGACAUACGAAUAGUUUUAAAUACAUACUUUAUUCUGCAGAGUGCUUCUAUAGUCUAUGAAUCUGCUCUUCUAUUGUCUCUGGAUUUUCUAAGCUGUCAAGUCAUCUUCACUUCACUGUUUAUGUCAAAUACAAAAUGUAAAAAUGUAUUAGCGACUCUAUUCUUUUAUUAGUAUCAGUCGCUGUUAACCUCAUAACGGUUGUAAAUAUGUAAAUAAUUUAGCUGUAAAAACCUAUGUAAUUAAUCUUAUUACUGUUUAAGUAUUCGCUGAUGUGAUGCUCAAUGCUGUAAAUAUGUAUUUAAGUAGCGUUAACUUGAUGUUGAUAAAAAUAGUUUCAAGUU